AUGUCGUCGAGCCAGAUUAAUGGCAAUACUCGACAGAAGAUCCUUCGCCAGUUGAGGAACAUCAUCCCCCGCCCCAUCACUAUUUCCCCCGACGAUCCCAACGCCCCACCCGAGCGCCGAUUCCCCGUCCGGGUCUCCCCCCUGAACGUGCCCUUCGAGUACCCCGCUGAACCGAUUUUCAAAGUACCCAAGGUUCCCAAAUCCAUGUUUUUCUACGACACUCCUAAGCCGAAGCCGGAACCAGAACCAAUCGUUGGAAUCUCUCAGCGUACCGUCUGGUGCCCGCUGAAGAGCAAGAAUCAGCUGAAAGUAACUCCCAUCUACGCUUGGGGAUGGGACAGAACCUAUGCCAGAAGUCGAGACCUCGAGAAAGCGGGAAUUAAGUUUGUCCCACCAUCAGAGCGAAGAAACAGAGUGGUUAUUCCUUACUACCCACCGAACAGCGAUUCUGCAACUCCUCUGGCUCCUAAAUCCAAGAAUAUUAAGAUCCAAAUCCAGCGGGACGAGCCAGAAGCUCAACUCCCUGACCAAGUCCCCACUCUCCAGCUUCCAACACGGCAGCUUCCCUUGCCCGAGCAGGACCUCUUCGGGGUCAACUCCGAGGAAGUUCCUCAGCCUUUGUUUCCACCAAAAGAAGACGAUGAAGAGGACGAAGACCCCUUUAACACUUCCUUUGUUGGAGAAGGUGACGAUGAUGAUGAAGACGACGAGAACGGUGAAUAUCGCGGCCGAAUCAAUGAAGAAGUCGAAGAAAAAGCUGAUGACUUCAAGGAAAACUGGGACCCCAAUGCUCCCGGCCCAUCUUCUCCUGGAACCGAUCCAGGAACUCCACGACCAGGAGCGUCUACUAGGCGCCCGGCCUCUCGACAGAUCUCCAAGGACGAAUCUUCCCCGAUGAUGGAUCUCUACGGACCAGAAAUCGUCACUUCUAUCUACAACGUCCGACGAGACGCCCUCAAGCGCCUCUAA